CUAGCAGUUUCUGCUAAGUGCAGCCAGACAGGCAGCUGGGACAGGAUGAGAGUCAGAGGACGACGGUUUUUUAUAUAAAAUGGAAAUGUGGCUGAAAUGUGCGGCUCUCGUGUUAUUCGUGGUGGCAGGAGCAGCUUUGGAGAAACAAAGAAACAUUAUAACCCUGGAUGAGAAAGAAAGUUCACCACCUGAGAGAAAAGAGGAAGUUCCUCCUGGUUCCUCUCUGACUUUCCGCUUCUCUCUAAACAGUAGUGAAGAUAGAUAUCGAGUGUAUUGGUAUUUCAACCCUUCUGGACCUAAUUUCACUAAAGCACACAAAGCAAAGUGUGAAGUCAUGACUUUUGGCUCUGCAAAAAACUCCACUGAGCAACCACAGCUGGAAAAGAGUUGUUAUAACAAAGACUGGGAUUUAACAAAUGUUAAUGAAUCAAACGCAGGAUGGUACUUUUCCAAAGUAAUACAAGAAAUUCCAGCUAUGCAAACUAAAGAGAGCCAAAUAAUAAAACUAAUCAUUUCAAAGAGCUUAGAGGAAAGCACAACGUAUCUGUCACUAGUGACGAGUAAACAAGUGCCUCCAGAAAGCAGUAAUUGGCUUGCCGACUGGUGGUUGUGGAUCCUGUUGGGGGCAUCUUCUCUCAUCCUGAUCAUCCUGCUGGUUGCAUGUGCCAUACAGAGACAAAGAGCCUGCAGAAGCAGAGAAGAGCCUGUCUAUGCAAACACUCGUACUAAGUUCAGCGGAGACUCCUCACCUCGACCAAGUCUGGCGGUGAACAACCUGAAGAGCGUGCCCUCCUCUCAGCACCUCCGGACCCCGAGUCCUGGCAGGAGGUACGAAGAAGGCACACGAAGAAAAAAAUAGUGAGGACGUCCUCCCAAACAUCACCUCUCAAACCAAUGAAACCAUACUUCCUGAUAAUAGGCAUCUACUACAAGAGAUGUUUACCCUUUUUACGCUUAAAUUAUGUUUAUACACUUAUUCUUUUUUUUUCUUCAACAUUUUAAUUUUUUUUACAUUCUUAAUUUUUUGUAAUCUCUUGUCAGGCUUCAACUGUAAUCUUUCAUUUGUUAUAUUAAAGAUAUGCAGUAGCUGUAAUGAACCGCUAGAUGUCGCAUAGUGAACUUGUUAAGGAGCAAAUCUAUAAAUUCUUAUUUUUGUUGUCUUCAUUUUUAUAUAUGACCCGAUAUAGAUAUUUUUGUGAAUCAUUGUUUUUUUGUCAGGACUUAAACGUGUUUUUUUUAUCCAAAUAUGUAAUUAUUGUUACAGUUCAUAUUAAAUAUUUUUAAACAGUAUAGAGUUUUGAUGCUUAAAUAUAUCUUGUUAAGCUUUUUCGUUAUCUUUUUGAA